AUGUGGGUAGAUGUUGUGGGAGAAAUAAAACGCCGUUUUCUAAGGAAACCAACGACAGGCUUGCCCGCUUCUCAACCUGCUUUAGUUUUCCAGCAAGGGGAUGGGUGCGGAGGGACCGGGUUAACUCUCACACCUGCCAACGGCAACUAUUCUUCCCUAUUCAUAUGGUUGCAUGGACUUGGUGAUACUCCGUUCAGUUGGUAUGGCACGAUGGCUCAGUUUGCAAUACGUUCGAUGCCUGACACCAAAUUUGUGUUGCCGUUAGCGCCAACGAGAAAAAUCACCGUGUAUCAUGGCACCUCUAUGCAAGCAUGGUAUGAUAUUUUUGGUCUGGAUGAUAAAUGCGCCCAGGACCGCGAGCGUAUAGCCGAAAGUACGUUUGCCAUACAGGCAAGAAUAAAUAAUAUUAUAAUCGAGCAGGGCUUGCAAGCUGGAGUCAAACCAAGCCGGGUAGCAGUUGGUGGAUUCUCACUAGGUGGCGCUCUGGCACUCCAUGUGGUCCUCCGAUCCAAGUAUAAACUAGCAGGCUGCGCUGUGGCAAGCGGGUGGCUGCCGCUUGAGAGUGAUUAUCCCGAGCAUCUAAGCGCGGAAGCAUGUAAAACUCCCAUCUGUAUGUCCCACGGGCUCGCUGACCGACGCGUGCCUGUGGGAUUUGCCGGACGCACGCACAGCAUCCUAUCCGCUGAACUGAAACUAGCAGUUGCCUUUCAUACCUAUGAUGGACUGGGUCACAGCACCUGCGCAUCUGAAAUGGUCCGCAUUGGACAAUUUGUUACAGCUGCAAUGUGCCGAUCAAGGUGA